GGAUAAAAUUCUGUCGCAUAUAAUUAGCAAAAACAAAUCUCAUUCUUGUUUUGCAUUGCUUUCUGAUUUUCACUUUUCAUGUUAUGGCCACUAGCCAAUUCUAAAACUGUUGGGCUAAACAAUAAACUAAAAUUACAAUUCUUUUGCUAUUGCGAAUCCGAAGCACACACAUUUGCUGGUGUACUACUGUUGAGACAAGUACUAUAGGUUGGCGGGCGGACCAUUAACCGAUCUACUUUUUAUUAUAUAAUUAAAAAGAAAGAAGCAAUGAAACCCAACAAGAAAAAACCUAGAAUCCGCAAUAGGCCACGUAAUAAAGCCAACCGUUUGCUGGCUUUACAAGGUGAUCAACAACCACAAGAAGAAGAAUCCUUACCCCUGGAGGAGAACAUAGAACCGACCCAAAAUUUGAAUUCGAAAGAGGAAAAUGUUAGUGAUGAUGAGGAUGAUGAAGAUAUGCCUGGUUUGGAAGAUGAAUCCGAACCAACUGAAGAUGCCUCCCAUGAACUAGAUGCAGUAACCACAAUACAUCGUAAAAUGCAUGAAAAAAUAUUAAAAACUCAUGAAAAGGUAUCCCCAAGUGACCAACCACCAAAGGAAAAGGAAACGCAAAGAGAUAAUCAAAAAUCGAAAGUGAAAGAGAAAACACCGGAAACUAAACCGGAUAAAAGUGGUUCUAAAAACGCGGCAUCGAAUAAUAACAACAAACCGGUACCGGAAACUGGCGAGAAAAAUCCCAAAGUUAAUCAAAAACCAAAAGAGAAAAGUAAAGAGAAAGAAAACUUGUCGGAAAAUAAAACUGAGAAAAGUGCAUUUAUUCAGAAUUUACAAAAGAAAAUGGAAGCAAUGAUGUCUGAUGGUGAUGAAAAUCUGCCAAAUACUUUAAUGGAAAAUCUCAAAAAACUUUUGGAUCAAAAGCCAAUGACAGAUAUCGAAUCUAGCGAUGAUGAUGAGGAAUAUGUUGAAUAUAUUUAUAAACCAAGAAAAUAUUUUCUUGUCGGCCUAUGCAAUCUUUGCAAAUGUGAUUUAUGCAAAAUAGAGCAAUUGAUUGAAUGUUCAAAAUGCCAUAUGACAUAUUAUUGCAACAUCGAUCACAUGCAAAAUGAUGUGGAACAUCGUCAAUUAUGUUCGGCUUUACAACAAGUGGCGGCGGCGGAUGUGUCUGGAGGUCACAUUUUUGCCAAAUGCUCCGACAUGACACCGGAUCAAUUUCGUUCCUAUCGCAUUAUUGUGAUCCGCAAAGUUUCGGAAAUUUUGCAAAGACCAUUGACGGCCACCGAACAAGAAGUCCUACUAUUUCCACGGCUGUGUAUAAAUGCGAAAUGUCGCAAAUUUGAGGGACUAACCGAUUGUCCCAACUGUGGCAUGGUGGCAUAUUGCACGGAACCUUUGCACCUUGUCGCUGACCAUGAUAAAUGGUGUAGAUUCUAUCAGCUAUUUAAGGAAUUAGUAAUGCAACAGGAGAAAUUCGGACGUUUAGAUCCAUCGCUGCCAAGUAAAAUUCUAAAGGACACACCAUUGGUGUGCAACACAACCAGGGAGAUUUUUAAGAAGUUGAAUAUUGAUUUACCUGAAAACAGUUGUGAAUUUGCUGCCUUGACCCAGAUUUCCACAGCUCCUUUAACGGCCUGGUAUGCAUUGAAAUUGACUCAACAACUGAACAAACACGAAGAACUGACAAUACACUUAAUAGGCGCUGAAAUUGAGUUUGAAGUUGAUAUUUUGCACAAAUGGGAACUGUUCUUCUUGCACAUUACACCCAUGGUCAGAACGUUGAAUGUGGUGUUUGUGGGACCCGAACUGAAUCCCAAUAACAUAUCUUUUGAACAACUACAAAAGACCAAAUGCUGCAAGGUGUGUCAGAAGAAUCAACGCACAGUUAAGUACUUCUUUGAGGCAAAUAUUUAUCAUGACUAUUGUCGUUCCAAACGAUUUUUAACACCAAAUUUAGUAUGUUUCUUCAAUGCCGGUCUAUAUCGUUCCACCGGCUUCAACAUGGAGGAUACCUGGCCCGAAACCAUUAGUGCUGCAGCCAAACUACAUGUACCCAUAGUUGUUACAGCCUACACCGAAUAUGAAUCUCCAUUGGAUUUGGAACGUUUCCUGGAGGAAAGUAAUCGCGACAUGAAAUUAUUGGAGAAACCUUCGGAGAAUUUAUUCUCUUCAUUUAAACCCGAAAGAAAUUUCAUUUCCGACGAUGAGGCCCCGUUCAUGUUUAAAAAACUAUUACAGCUUUGUUUUACAAUAAAAAAAAUUGAAUAUUUAUUUCAAAUAUACAUUUUUAUAUUAUGUAUGCACUAC